AUGCUCAGGAGAUUAUUGCAGGUGAUGGUGCUGCUGAUAGACCGGUGUUAUAUUACAAUACAAAUCAAAAUUCCUGUUUCACAACUCCUCUUGUGGGUUUUAAGGAGCGCUUGGGCAGUCCUGCCCCAGUGUUAGCACAGCACGGGCAGAGUGCGCAGGCACAGGGGUGGUGGGAGCAUCGCCAGCCUGGGCUCCCUGGGCACCCCCUCUCACCGUGUCCCAGCCCGGAGGAUAUUUGCCAGGUUCCUGCAGGCAGAAGACCACGUCAGACAGAGCUGGAUGAACAUGGAUUUAGCUUCUGAGCGGCUGAAUGGCAGAGGUCCCAGCACAAGACGCAAAGCCUCCACAGCACUGCAGUCCUUCAAGCGGAUCGGCAUCCCAAUCCUGGCAGCAGUGCUCAGCCUCGCCUGCCUGGUUACAGUCGGGUUCCUGGUCAAGGUUUACCUGGACUACCACUACUUCUUCUGCGAACAGCCCCUGAAGCUGGUGCCGCUGCAGCAGGUGUGUGAUGGGCAGGUGGACUGUCUGCAGGGCGAGGACGAGGCCAGCUGUCCCCAGUGGGUCCCCGAGGGGCCACCGGCCGGUGCCCGUGUUUCCAAAGACAGAUCCAUCCUGCAGGUGCUCAACAGAAACACUGGAGCCUGGUCCUGCAUCUGCUACGACCACUUCAACCUGGUGCUGGCAAAAGCAGCCUGCGAGCAGAUGGGCUACAGGAGCAACCCCAUUUUCCGGGCGGUGGAGGCGGGUGAGGGGCAGCCCCUUCCGCCCCGUGAGGUCAUGCUGAGCAACGGCAGCCUCCAGGUGCCCAAGCUGGGCAGGAAAUGCCUCUCUGGAUCUGUCGUUUCACUCUUUUGUUCCAACUGCGGGGAGAGCACGAGGGCUCCGCGCGUGCUGGGCGGGAGCGCGGCCGCCAUCCAGGCCUGGCCGUGGCAGGUCAGCUUGCAGUACAGGAAGGAGCACAUCUGCGGCGGCAGCAUCAUCGACCCCGGCUGGGUGCUGACGGCUGCGCACUGCUUCAAGAACAACCCCGUCAUUCGGAGCUGGCGUGUGAAGGCCGGCUCCCACCUCCUCUCAGGCACUGCCACCCUCGCCGUGGAGAAGGUCUUCCUGGCCAAGGUGACACCUGCAUCUCCCAAGGACAACGAUAUUGCCCUGGUGAAGCUGCGCUCUCCUCUGCGUGUCUCAGACAGCAGCAAGCCCAUCUGCCUGCCCUAUUUCGAUGAGGAGUUGGUGCCAGGCACGUCCCUGUGGGUGAUCGGCUGGGGACCCCUCUGAGCAGCCGUGUCCCACGCAGGCAAACUGUCGGAGACCCUGCAGCAGGCGGAGGUGGAACUUGUAGACAAGGAGAGCUGCAACCUGGCCGCCUACCACGGCGAGGUCACCGAGAAGAUGCUGUGUGCCGGCCUGGCUCAGGGCGGGGUGGACACCUGCCAG